CCAACUGAGAUGUUGGAAGAAGGAGACACUCCUCACUUUUCAUACCCAAAACACAACCAAGCAUUUCACACUUUUCCCACACACUAUCACUCUUUCAUUCUUCUCUCUCUCUCUCUUUUAUUCUUCUUCGUCUCUCAGUUUCAUUUCCAAAUAAUAUGCUUUCCCUUGUAAGAGUUCACAAGAAUCUUGAAGCUUUUUGCUCUUAGCUUCACAAGCAGCUUGCUUUUCUUUUUUUUUCUUUCUUUUUUUGUCUUUUAUCCUGUUGGGGUGUUUGUAUUGUUUUCUGGGCUAGUGUAGUUUUCCACGAAUUAGCUCAAGUUUCCAGCGAAAUUCUCAAGUGGGUUUCUAUUUUAUUAUUAUUAUUAUUAUUGGGGUAUCAUGGAUCUGGUUGGAUCUUCUACUCCUGAGUCAAACAAUGUUCAAGUCAACUCCAAAGUUUCGUUUUUUAUGGUGUGAUUAAGCUGCUGAAUCAGUUGGAAAUGGUGGGGCAGUUUUAGGUAGAAAAGGGUUAGGCUAUAAAAUAUGAAGCGGAAAGUGAUUCAGCAGAAAUCUCAGCACAAAUGGAAGAAGAAGCUUUUAGCUUUGAUUUUCGUGGUAGUUUGUUUUGGAAGCUUGUUGUUUAUGCAGACACGGUACACUCAUGUUGUGGGGUUGGUUUCAUUGCAACACCAAUUCGUUUCUCAAUCUCAGGUUCAGGAUCCCAAGAUUGCGUUUCUUUUCAUUGCACGGAACAGGCUUCCUUUACAAAUGGUUUGGGAUGCAUUCUUUCGGGGUGGCAAUAGCAAAUUCUCAAUUUUUGUUCACUCAAGGCCUGGCUUUGUGUUCACCAAGGCAACAACGAAAUCAACAUAUUUUUUGAAUCGUCAAGUUAAUGAUAGCAUACAGGUAGAUUGGGGAGAAGCAAGCAUGAUAGAGGCUGAGCGCAUUUUACUUAGGCACGCGCUUAGUGAUCCUUUAAAUGAUCGUUUUGUUUUCCUCUCAGAUAGCUGUGUACCUCUAUACAACUUCAGCUAUACAUAUGACUACAUCAUGUCAACACCAACUAGUUUCGUUGACAGCUUUGCUGACACAAAAGAAGGCCGUUACAAUCCAAAAAUGAAUCCUGUUAUUCCUGUCUAUAACUGGAGGAAAGGAUCUCAGUGGGCUGUUCUGACCAGAAAGCAUGCCAAGGUUGUAGUGGAGGAUGAAACUGUCUUUCCUUUGUUUCAAAAAUAUUGCAAGAAAAAGCCGCUACCAGAAUUUUGGAGGGAUCAUCCCAUUCCUGCUGACACGUCUAAGAUCCAUAACUGUAUACCAGAUGAACACUAUGUUCAGACAUUAUUGGCUCAACAAAAUCUUGAAGCAGAACUCACACGGAGAUCAUUGACACAUACUUCCUGGGAUAUUUCCAACUCCAAGGAUCGUGAGCGCCGGGGAUGGCAUCCAGUGACUUACAAGUUUUCAGAUGCUACGCCAAUGCUUGUAAAAUUUAUAAAGGAAAUAGAUAAUAUUUAUUACGAGACUGAAUACCGAAGAGAGUGGUGCAGAAGCAAGGGUAAACCAUCAACUUGCUUCCUUUUUGCAAGAAAAUUUACUCGACCUGCUGCUUUACGGCUUCUUAACAUGUCUGUUCUGGGAGAUUCCAGUUAAGAGAACAAAAUGCUUAUUAUCAGUCUGAUACAAGCAGAAAAUAUACUUGGUAAAGAAAAAGAGAGGGAGAAAAGAGAAUAAAGUGAAAGCAGUUGAAGAUUAUUGACGACCAUACUGAUAUGUAUAAUGAAUUGUAUAUUUAGAAAGUUGAAAGAGUGCCUAUGGUGUAUGUGUAUUAAAUUCUUUUCAGAAUAAGAUUUACAACUGUUGGUAAAUCAUGAAAGACAGUUUCCUUAUAAUAAAAAUGAAGACAAUAAUUGAGUGAUGGAGAUAUACCAGCAUGAACAUUGUCUGUUGUAGCCUUGUAGGCAAACUCACAACACAUGGUUGUGACUUGUGUGUCAACCAUGUGCUGUCUUUGUACACAACU